CAAAAUCUUUGUAGCAUAUCAUCAAAUUAUUGGUGUUUAAAUAGUCCAUGUCCCUAUGCCUCUUGCCUAUGCUUUUAUGUCUAUUUUCAAAAACCAUUAUUCUCUUUUCUGCCGACGAAUCUGAUUAAACUACACUUACUGCAAGGUAUAUAACUAUAAGAUCCAUCCCACAACACAAGCACACACAGUAAAGAUCCCUCACCCAACUAUGAAAAAAACAUGUGAAAUCAACUGACAACCAGCUCAUUCCACCGGAUAAAGCAGCUCAAAAGUUCCCUAACGGCUGUUGAUUCACACCAAUUUGAGCACUGGGGUUUAUAAUCGAUUUGAGAUCCACCAAUGGAGUUUUGUGCAUCACUAUUUGUAUUUCUGGCUUCAAUUGCUGCAAUUACAGCACAAUAUGUUCAAGAAUCAGAACUUGUAAUUAACGGGAGUAUACCAAUUUUUCAUACGGAUCCGAAUUAUAUCUGCGUGACCAUCGAUUGGUGGCCGAAUGACAAGUGUAACUAUAACCAUUGCCCGUGGGGCUCAUCUUCGGCCUUAAAUCUGGAUCUAUCUCAACCGAUUCUUACCAAAGCGGUCCAAGCUUUUGAGCAUCUAAGAAUACGCGUUGGUGGUUCUUUACAAGACCAAGUGGUGUAUAAUGUGGGGGAUUACUCGGGUCCGUGUCAUCCGUUUAUUAAACAGAAAUGGGGUUUGUUUGGAUUCUCUAAAGGUUGUCUUACUAUGGGUCGAUGGGAUGAACUAAAUCACUUUUUUGCCAAGACAAGUUCACUUGUCACCUUCGGGUUAAACGCACUCCGGGGAAGACACGAGAUUAAGAAAGGAGUUUGGGGCGGAAAAUGGAAUUCCAGUAACGCCCAUGAUUUUAUAAAAUAUACCAUUUCAAAGGGAUAUCAGAUACAUUCAUGGGAAUAUGGUAACGAGUUGAGUGGCAAGGGGAUUGGUGCCAUGGUACACGCUGAGCAGUAUGGGAGUGACUUAGUUGAACUCAGGGGUAUAAUUGACAAUUUAUACCGGCGAGUUCAGCCGAAACCCUUGCUUGUAGCACCCGGUGGGUUCUUUGAUAAAGAGUGGUUUUCAAAGCUUCUUAAGGUUUCGGGUUCGGAAAUUGUUGAUGUAAUGACACUCCAUCUGUAUAAUCUGGGACCAGGCAUGGAUCCAAAUCUAGUGAAAAAGAUUUUAGAUCCACAUUUCUUGAGCCGGGCAUCCGUCACAUUUAGUGAUUUCCAGCAAACCUUAAAAACAAACGGCCCAUGGGCAUCCUCUUGGAUUGGAGAAUCUGGUGGAGCAUACAACAGUGGCGGUCUUCAUGUUUCCGACACAUUCGUUAAUAGCUUCUGGUACUUGGAUCAGCUUGCAAUGGCAGCUAAGUACCACACUGAAGUAUAUUGCAGGCAAAGUUUAAUUGGUGGCAAUUACGGUCUUCUCAACAAAACAACAUUUAUGCCUAACCCUGAUUAUUACAGUGCACUUCUAUGGCAUCGGCUUAUGGGAACAGGGGUUCUUUCAGUAGGAAGGAUAAAUGUCGGGCCACAUUUACGCACUUACGCUCAUUGUUCAAAAGGAAAAACUGGCGUAACGUUGCUUCUGAUUAACUUAAGCAACCAAACCGAAUUUAAGCUCAAAGUUCACAACAUCUUGAACCUGAAUUUGCAUACAAAAGAAGACCAGAAACCGUCUUUCAUUCAUCGAAUAAAGUCAGCAUUUUCAUGGAUCGGGUCAAAGUCAAGAAACAAUGAUCUUGGGCGUGAGGAGUACCAUUUGACCCCACAAGGUGGCUAUUUGAAAAGUAAAACAAUGCUUCUAAAUGGAUCUCCGUUGCAGCUUACACAAACCGGAGAUAUCCCACUUUUGAAACCGAAUGUUGUGGAUGUGAAUUCUCCGGUUAGCAUUCCUCCGUUGACCAUGAAGUUCAUCCGGUUUCCAAACUUUGACGCGUCGGGCUGUACAUGACACACUAAGGUGUGUCCCUUGCCUCAGUUUGUGUUAUUUGUAUUUUAUUUUAAUGUAUAAUGUAUAUGUAUAACAAGUGUAGAACUUUGCAAUUGUGAAAGUGCAUUGCAAAGUUGAUAUUUGCACUUGACCCCCUUUAUGUAAAGAAGGUGGUUGAAGUUCCCCCUUUGGGUUACAAAAAUGACACUUAACCACCUUCAGCUAUGAAAAUUUGAUAAUGAUAUUCCAAGUUUAUGAUAUAUCUUUAAUUGGAAAUAA